UAAUAUUGUAAUUCAAUAAUAACUAUUGCAUUAAUCAAAUUUAUGAAAAAUGCUCGUUUUCUUUGUAUCCAUUAAAAUUUCUGUGCUGUGAGAGUACUAAAAAUCAUGCGUGUAAAGCUUAAAAAAAAUAUACGGCCCUGUUUUUAAUAGAUAUGAUAAUCUGUCCUUGUAUUUUGCGAUAACAAUGCAUAUUUAAAAGAUGGCACGCCCUAUUUCAGUCACUUUUGUAUUUAAACAGAUCAGUGAGGUGGUAAUAGAACAAACGUUACGUUUUCUUCUCUUCAAAUACGAAUAAAUUAAGUGACAGGCGAUGAAGGGAAUAUACCUAAUCGCCAUCGCCUUUUUGGCAUCUUGCACCGUGAUUACCGCGGAGUUUAUAUCUGUAUUAGAAGAAGAAGACGAAUGUCCUGUGGUGGAUACUUGCCCACCGAAGUUACUAUUCCACGAAACGGAUUGCAGUAAAUAUUAUGAGUGCAAAAACGGUCGGAAGAUUUUGCAAGAAUGUGCGCGCGGUCUACACUUUAGUAAAAUAUGGGGAGGCUGCUUGGAACCCGACAAAUCAGAAUGCGGCAAAGGCGCCACCGAUUGCACGAAGAACGGCGACUUAUUAGCGCACGAAUGUAACUGCUUUAAAUUCUAUGAGUGCAAAAAUAAUCUCAAAAUCUUGCAUGAGUGUCCCAGCGGAGAGCACUUUAGCAAGAGCCUUCGAUAUUGCAUUAAGGGGACUACAUGCGAUGAUGAUGAACCUGCAAACCCGGAAUGCAUAGAAGGCGUAAAUCUUCCUCACGAAUGUAGAUGCGAGAAAUAUUACGUGUGUAAAAACAACAGAAAAGUCUUGCAAGAGUGUGAGGAGGGAUCGAACUUCAACAAAAGAACCUCUACUUGCGUGGUAGGACCUUGCAACAGGGACCCGGAGUGCGAGGAAAACACACGAAAGCCUCACGAAUGUAACUGUACCAUGUAUUACACCUGCCAAUCGGAAGAAUGGGUUUUUUCUAAGUGCUCGUCCGGUCUUCAUUUUAAUCCUGUCGAGCAAAGAUGCAUGCAUCCAGUAGAUGCUGGUUGCGAAAAAAAUCCUGGCGACUGUAAAAAUUCUAUUGAUGAGACAUGGUCUCACGAGUGUGAUUGCAGAUUGUAUUACAGAUGUGUAAAUAAGAGGAAGGAAAUAUUAAGCUGUCCUUGGGGAAGGUAUUUUGAUGAGAACAGACUGGUAUGCGACUACGCGGAAAAUGUGAAAGAUAAUUGUAAAAACAGCUGGGACGACUGGUGGUUGACUGGUAAAUGAUUAUCAUUCUCGAAGAACAUAAAAAAAGCUGAAAGUUAACGAUGAAAAAAUACAAAGUAUUGUAUGUUUGAUAAAAUUAUGUUAUUUGUAGAUGUAGAUUAUUUUGCUGAAGUAUUUUAAUAAAUCUGAUAAUAUAAAA